AUGGAAAAUGCCUCCACCAUUUCCAGCAAUGCACAGGAAUAUUUGUCUGAUUCUCACAGGCUAAAGUUUAGUUUCUCACUCAUCCCUGUUGUCUUCUUCACCUACUUCAACUGUGUCAUGCUUUUCACCCUGAAAAGAAAGGCAGCAUUCCAAGGAGUGCCUCGCUACAUCCUCUUUGGCCACAUGCUCUUGGCUGACUCCCUUCAGUUUCUAUGUAGCAUGCUUUCAUACUUUAUCGCCGUGGCAAAGGUGUACAUGACCAAUGGAUUAUGUGGUGUUCUUCUGUCUCUGACAAAUAUAACCACUCACAUCUCCCCACUCAACCUGGCUGUAAUGGUUCUGGAGAGGUACUCUGCCAUCUGCUUCCCACUCAGGCAUGCUGAGAUUGCCACCAUUGGGCUCAUUAUCAUCUACACAUAUAUUGCAAUAAUGGUUGAGGCUAAAUCUGCAUCCUCAAACAAACGCAAGGCUGCAAAAGCCCAAAACACAGUGCUGCUUCACCUAAUUCAGCUGGGCCUGUGCCUGUCUUCCUUGGCAGUCAGUGCUUUAAAUGAGCUGGCAUCACGCUUGGAGGCUCGCACAAGGUCAAAUGUUAUGUAUGUCAAUUUCAUGGUUUUUAUCAUUCUUCCCAGGUGUCUGAGUCCACUGAUAUAUGGGAUGAGGGAUGAAAUGUUCAGGCCUGUCUUUAUUUAUUAUUUCACUUUUGGCCUGAAAAUCUAA